GAGGAGAGGCGGGAAAGCGCCGUGAGGGCAGAGCGGGCAGGUGAGGGGGGCGGGGGAAGCUCAGUCCGCCGCCUCCGCCGGGCGGGAGCUGCCGAGCAGCGGAGGAUGCAUCCUCCCGCCCGCCCUUCGUCUGCUCGGGCUCUGGCAUCUCUCAGGGAGCCGCGGACGCAGCCUGUGAGGAGGAUGAAACCUUCCGCAAUGAGCAAGCGUAAGUUGAAGGAGAGUAGUGCAGAAAGUGCUGAGUGCAUUUCCCAGGUGCAAACAAUCUUUCGUGAAAGAUUCUGUCACCACUGUGCAGCUGGAAAGCUGUUUGGGAUGGAACAGCAGUACAGACAUUUGCUGGAGCUGCUGAGAAGAACCACGGUGCACGGAGAGAGUAAUUCCGCCCUCAUUAUUGGACCCCGGGGAUCUGGGAAAACUGCGUUAUUAAAUCAUGUCUUAAAAGAUCUCAGGGAAAUGGAACAAGUUACAGAGAACCUCCUGGAAGUCCAUCUGAAUGGACUUCUGCAGACAAAUGAUAAAGUGGCCCUGAAGGAGAUCACCAGGCAGCUGCAACUGGAAAAUGUGGUUGGGGACAAAGUUUUUGGCAGUUUUGCUGAAAACCUUGCCUUCCUCCUUGAAGCUUUGAGGAAAGGAAACCGAACCAGCAGCUGCCCAAUCUUGUUUGUACUGGAUGAAUUUGAUUUGUUUGUCCACCACAAGAAUCAGACCCUGCUCUACAACCUCUUUGACAUCUCCCAGUCUGCACAGACCCCAGUGACAGUUAUUGGGCUCACCUGUAGGCAGGAUAUCCUGGAGCUCUUGGAGAAAAGAGUGAAGUCAAGGUUCUCUCACAGACAGAUAUAUUUGACGAAUUCCUUUGAUUUUAAACAAUAUAUUAAGAUAUUUCAGAAACAGCUUUCUCUUCCUGCUGAAUUUCCUGAUGAGUCUUUUGCACAAAAAUGGAAUAAUAAUGUUCAGCAUCUCUCAGAGGAUAAAACAGUGCAGGACGUGCUGCAGAACCUUUUCCACCACACCAAAGACCUGCGCUCGCUGCAUUUGCUCCUGAUGCUGGCUGUCAGUGCCGUGACUGUGCACCACCCCCUGCUCACACCUGCAGACCUGCAGGAGGCCAGCAGGCAGCACAGGACCGACUCCAAGGCAAACAUUGUCCAUGGUUUGUCUGUCCUGGAAAUCUGCCUCAUCAUAGCCAUGAAACACCUGAAUGAUGUCUAUGAUGGAGAACCAUUCAACUUCCAGAUGGUUUACAAUGAAUUCCAGAAGUUCAUCCAGAGGAAGGCACAUUCUAUGUACAACUUUGAGAAGCCAGUUGUCAUGAAGGCCUUUGAACACUUACUGCAGCUGGAGCUGGUGAAGCCCCUGGAGCGGCCGUCAGUGCGGGCGCAGCGGGAAUAUCUCCUGAUGAAGCUGCUGCUGGACAGCAGCCAGAUCAUGGAUGCCCUGCAGGUGUACCCCAACUGCCCCACAGACGUGAAGCAGUGGGCAGCCUCCUCCCUCAGCUGGCUCUGAGUCCUGCCCCUGCUCCAUCACAACUUCUGGAAUGCUGUGAGCUCCAGAAGAGGGAAUGUUCACCCACAGGAAGGUGCUCAGAACAAUAAAUUUUUGGAAGCAGC